AGGCUUAGCUUGACCGGAAGUCGGAUUAUGGCAGGUAAUAAUUUCCCCUCACUCUUGUUCUGCUCUCUCAAUCUCCUAUUAGCGGGGAUUCCUCGUUGCAGUUCUGAGCCUUCAAUUGACUUUCAAAUGACUCUGUGGAUGCAAGGUGAUCUUGGGGUGAACACGUAUCGCAUCCCCAUUAUAAAAUCUCUGCCCGAUGGAUCCCUCAUCGCGUUAUCGGAGGGAAGGAAGCACAACUCUGCAGACGUGGGACCAAAAUUCCUGGCAAUGCGCCGUUCAACUGAUCAAGGUUCGACAUGGAGUAACACAACCUUCAUUGAGAAUGAUGGUGAAGACCCUGAUGGCCUCAAUCUUGGCACCGUAUUUGUAGACGAAGAGAAAAAUAUAAUUUUUGUUGUAUACUCCCAUUGUGCGCACAAAUGUGUCUUUCACACUACGUUUCUGAUAAGCAGUGACAAUUUUGGACUGACUUGGACAAAGCCAUUUAACCUGUCAGGCCAGAUUGGACCAUCCAUCUUUCUACCAGGACCGGGUUUUGGUAUUCAGAAAAAGAAAGAUCCUCACAAGGGAAGGCUCAUCACGUGUGGUCAUUCUCACCCCGGUCGUGAUGGUGUCUUCUGUAUUGUUAGUGACGAUCAUGGAGCAAGCUGGAGGGUUGCCGGGUAUAUUCCCCAACAAAGAUCAUUUGAGCCGGAUGAAUCUCAGCUAAUCGAGCUUUACGACGGCAGCUUGCUGAUGACUUCGCGAAACCAAGAUAAUUUCCACUGCCAUUGUCGCAUCAUGUCCAAGAGUUACGAUGGUGGGGAAUCAUUUGCUCAUUCCGACAUCUACUUUGACGAAACGUUGGUAGACCCGGUGGUUGCUGCCAGCUUACUUCGUUACAGGAACACGGUUUACUUCUCGAAUCCGGCCAGUAAGUUUUUCCGAAUUAACAUGACCGUCCGCUGGAGUGAAGACAAUGGUGAAUCAUGGGUGGGGUCCCUCGGAGUGUGGAAGGGUCCAAGUGGGUACUCAUGCCUUACUACUAUCCCUGGAACGCAGGCAAACAAUACCUUCAUUGGCAUGGUGUUUGAAAAAGGAGUUACUCGUUACUAUGAAAGCAUAGUCUUUGUUAGAUUACGAUUGUGAAACACUGAUCGAAUGAUUGCAUUAGCCCCUUGACAUUUAUUGAUUUAUUUUUUAUCUCAUUCUGCAUUUAUCGGGGUCGUUCUCCUUGUAAUAAGUUAUAAAAUUUCAUGACGACAAAAUCUCUCUGAUGUUUUUUACCUAUGAUUAAAAGAUUGGUUUCAAAAUUAAUUAGUAUAAUUCUGUCAUCAGGAACAUUUUAAAACCUUAUCGCGUAACUCGCAGGAAUUAUGGUCUUUUCGUCUAAAAGUAUUUUCACCUAAGUCUGUUCGUUUACUUGUUAAGUCUUUUCUGGAAGCAAGUAAAUAACUUUUAGA